GAUUCGCCCACACACACACCAUUUGUUUCCAAACAAAGUGAACACAAGUUCAGAAAGUCAAUAUGUCUAUGAGCGACCUAGAUCGCGUGCUGUCCCGGAAACCAUAUUUCCAACCUCGUUUAGCUAUUCGGUUGGAUCAUGGGGUACAACUUUUUGCUGUGGACAAAAACGGGAUCGUGUCGACUUUUGCGUAUUCCUCGUCCUUGGUGAUAUGGAAGAUGAAUGAGGAUACGGCCAUCAUUCAGGUUCUCGAUUGGUUCUAUUUUCUCCGUCAAGGUGAGUCUCCCGUGCUCAAGGCUCAGAAUGGGGCCUACAUGUUUCCCAUCAGCCAUGUGCAGACCAUUCCGGGAACCGUUGGGAUCGUUCUCAUUGACGAGGUGGACAAUGAUACGCGGUUCCUUUUCCACGGGAUCCUCUCCAUGUUUGCUGAUGUCAUUGUACAGAGGGGUGCCAAAUCCGGGACAAAAGCGGAGAUCCAUGUAGGAUUGCAUCCUUUCGGAAAAUGGCUCAAGGACCGAGGGGAGGCAGUUGCUCUCCUGAUUGAAGAUACAACAAUUCAGACUUGCUCAAGGAUCGAAACCCGAGCAAACAUGUCCGUGGCCAAAUCACCUGCCUGUGACCCGGACAAGAAGCUCAACGGUUUUUUGGUCUACACGGCUCGUGGAAUCAAAGGCGCCACGGGCACUACAGAAAAAAUAACCGGCAAAGCCGCACAUGGUUUGGAGUCAGCCUCCGAUGGCAUCGGUGCCGUCUUGGCCAAACAACUAACAAGACCCAUGAAUGUAGGUACCAGACAAGCACAACUAUUGGAGAACACUAUGGACAUAACCUUUGGAGGAGUCUGGGCAUACGACUCUGUAAAAGACACUUUGGAGGUAUCAGCAGUCCAUUUGGGUCGAUGUAUCCGGGAUCAGACGGUCCGAGUGAUUACCCACAAACAUGGAGUUGCAGCAGGCGUGGCAGCGGGACAAGUUGUGGGUUCGGUCGGAGACUUAUUGUUAACCGCCCAUCAUGUGCAUGAGAUUGGAGAGUUCUUGAGUGUGGAAGAAGCCGCUUUCUAGGUUGGCUCUGCCUUUGGCAAAAAGGUAGCUCACAACCAUGGGAAAUCCAAAGGAUACAACUACGCGAGGAGGGGCGGAUUUACUAAACGAAAUGUACAGUAAUAGAAUGAAGUAUUCGUGUGUCUGCCAGUCAUCCAAGCUGAACCAAUUACAAUCCUCUGAGACACUUUUACUUCUUCUUCCUAUUCGCACUACUUGGCCGAGCAAGACGAUAUAGAACAAGAGAAAGGAGAGACGGUUGCUAAUGGAAUGUAAAAUGAAAUCGCCAUUCAUUUCACAUUUCAAUGACUUCAUCUCCCAAAUUUUUACCUUAUCUCUUUCACGUUUUGAAUUGAAUCAGGAAAAUGUGAUUGUUCAGUUUCUCCUGAUCUUGAGACUUUUUCAACUGUGUAAGAAAUACAUGUGUAUAGUUUCACAUUCA